AUGGAGGCACAGAAGCAUCCUGGUGUGACCGUUGCACUAGCAGAUCAGCCACUUCCAACCUCUUCUCUUCAGCCUGCACAGGGUUCCUCAGCUCUCAGCCAAAACAGUGUGAUUCCUCGACAGGAGCAAGCGCUGUCUCAACCUGUGUAUCUAAAAACCCUCACUAUACCCCUGUAUCAGCCCGUCCAGCCAGGAUGCUUUCAGCCAAACAGUCAGUUAGUGCCUGGCAGGCGCUGUGUAAAUCUAGACAGCAGUAGCAUACCUUUAAUCCUGAAUCCACUCGUUCCUUCAGAAGGCACAGAUCAGCCCCAGUCAGUUUUUCAGAAACAAUUUGGGCAAACUCUAACAUUAAACAUAGUGAGCACUUUACCAGUUUUAUCAUCACCAAAUUCUUCUCUAAAUGCACCUACUGGAAGCCCAGGAAAAACAAAAAAUGCUGGGAAAUAUAUCUGUAAACACUGUGGACGAGACUGUUUGAAGCCAAGUGUCCUUGAGAAACAUAUUCGCUCUCACACAGGAGAGAGGCCCUUUCCAUGCACCACUUGUGGUAUUGCAUUUAAAACUCAAAGCAAUUUGUACAAACACAGAAGAACCCAGACACAUGUCAACAAUACCAGACUACCCUCUGAUUCUGAAAACACUGGUGUAUUGGAGCAAAAUGAGAAAGUAACAGAGAGCAUCACAUCACAUCAAGGCACCAAACUACAUGGUAGCAUCUGUGAAGACAAGGGGACGAAGAUGAAACAAGUGACUUUGGAGACCAGUGAUGUAACAGACACUAAGAAACUUAAUGACCUUUCAGUGCCGGCAACAAGCAAUUCAUCACUUGCUUCAGAAAAUCCAGAAAGAACUAAGCAGUCCUUUAGUUCAAAGACUGAUCAGGGGGUUCCUGAAAAAGAACCUCAAGGUUUAUCAUCUCCAGUGGCUUUGCCAAAUGGUCAGUGCCAGAGAAAGAAGAUACAGGAGCAAAUAAGUCCAUCUGCCAAUAAGCACGUUCAGUUGCAAAGGCAGCAAGCAACCUCUUCAGAAAAACAGUGGGAUUACAAGCCAUUUGACUGCAAGCUAAAGAAGUGUGAGAGCACCGACUCAGGGUAUCUGUCACGCUCUGAUAGCACAGAACAACAGAUGGCGUCCUCCAGCCCGCUGCACAGUCUCUAUGAACACAGCACUGAACUGGAAAAUGAAACUGCCUUCAGCAGCUUAAGGUGCACUGCCGGAAGCAGUGCAAAGCUAGACUCAGCUGAGAAAGCUACAGCCUUGAUGCUAGAGAAAAAGAGGCUGGAAGAACACAUUUCAAAACUUAUUUCUCAUAACAAAAUUGUGGUGGAUGAUACUCAGUUAGACAACGUUAGGCCCAGAAAAACCAUCCUUUCUAAACAGGGGAGCAUAGAUCUGCCAAUGCCUUACACAUACAAAGACUCUUUCCAUUUUGACAUCAAAACUUUUGAUGUGAAUAGGAAAAAGAACCUUUCUCUUUGUUCAGCUAAAUCUACCUUUGCACCCCUAGAAAAAUGCAAGCCGAUGUUUUUUCACUCAGUCCCCACCCAGUUCUCCACGACGAUAGAUGCUGUGCCUGUCACACGAAGCAACUCUUUGCCGUUUGUGGAAGGCACAAGAAUGGUACAUGACAAAGCAGGCUGCUCAAAACCACUUUCUCUUACUAAGCAGUCUGUAACUGCAGGCACUGCUAGUUUGCUGCCUAGCAACAACCUCGUUGCAAAUUCGGUGGAUUUUCCUAAUAGCCAUCCUCGAGCUCUAGUCAGACAAACAGCAGUGGAUGACUUGCCACUAAGUAACGUGGCUGAUCCUCCUCCCUCGGAGGAGUUGCAAGCGAGUAAAAAGCCUGGGGCUGGAGAAGUAGUCAGCGCUAAAAAUAAGAAACACAAUCAAAGGAAGCUGAAGAUGUUCUCUCAAGAAAAAUGGCAAAUGUAUGGAGAUGAAACGUUUAAGAAAAUCUACCAAAAAAUGAAAAGCAGUCAAAAUGCCAAGAAAAUGAAACAAAGGGAGAAUGAGAUUACAGGCUUCGCUCCUGAUUCAAAAGAAUCCAUCAGCAGUACUGAAAUUUCUGAGGAAAGAGACGUCAGGAGCUCUCCAAGUGACAGUCUUUCCUCCCUUGUGACAACAGAUUUAAACACUGUUAAAUCAGAAACCUGUACGAAUGGUAAUCAUACCCUACAGAAUGUGUCCUCAGAGGAAACUGCAGACAGUUUAACUUAUGUAAUGGAGACAUCACAUUCAGUAGCUGCUAGUGCACAUAGUGUUAUGAGCACAACUUCCCAAGAUCUCGGUGGCAGCGACACAGAAAAAUGCACAGGUGGCAACAACACAUCACUAGCUCCAAACAGUUGUGAGCUCAGGCUGCAAAAUACUCAGUGUCAACUUAACGCUAGCAGAAUGAAGGAUGACUGCUUGCCGGUACAGAGUAGCAAAUGGGAAGAAUCGAGUCCUGGGAAAGAAUCCAGUACAUUUGAAUCAGAUUAUAAAAGCACUUCAAACAAUUAUGGAAACCAAAACAGGAAUAAGGAAACUGGCCAGCAUGCCCUGACGGCCCUGUGGGUCCACUGCAGCAACAACAACAGAGACGCCCCGGGGAAAUCCCAGAAUUUGCCAUCAGAAAGAAAAAAGCUGAAAGUUGAAGUCGAGAAGCAAGAAAACAUUGUUUCAAAGCCCUGUUCCAGUCCCAGUAGUGAGAACAACGCAGUAAAUGAAGUAGAGAGAAUCUGUUGCACUAUCACUCAGUGUCUUUCUACAGUACCAGUGAAACUCUCCAGUAAAACAGAGGAGCAAAAAAUAAGCAUGAGAAUUAAUGAAUCAUCUGGAGGUGCUGAGAACGUGGAGUAUAUGAAAACAACCAGACUCCCCACAAAAGCUGUUAAUUAUAGUGGUUCUAACCUUCUUUCACAUUCAGCAGGGAUCUCAGAAACUUUAUCUGUGGGAUUUUGGGGGCCUGAAUUAAGGGGAAGCGAUUGCAAUUCUUUAGCCUUGCACAAUGCAACAGAUAAAGAUGUCAAAACAUGUCUUGUGAAAACAGGAAUACCACUUCUCAGUGACAACGCUGGCGAUGCACCUUCCAAACUUCAUCAUCUGCAAUCUGGUCAGUUAACUCCGGUCCCACAGAAAAAUGCCUUUCCUCCGAAAUAUAUCCUUAAAUUGCCACAAGACAAGAGAGCCUCAGAUCUGUCAAUUCUGUUUAAACCUGAACAGAAGAUUACACCUUGCACAUCUGUGACGGACACCUUAACCAACCCACCCUGCUCUUCUGGCAGUGGAUCACUCUGUUCUCAUUCUACUGAUGUGCUUUGGUCCCCUUUAAAAUUUGAAGUGAGACAAAAGGGCAGCAAAGGAGAGCUGAGAUGUAACGUACAUGCAAACUUGAAAACUCCAGUAUUUUGCUCACCAGUCAAUUCAGAAACAACAAAUAUCUUAACCACAGUAGGCAGCACAUUUUAUAAACAGGAAAUUAAGAGAGAGGCUUGGAAAAAUAAGCAGAACAAAAAUAAAUUAAAUUAUCAAAGGCAAACAGAGGAGAAGUGGAUGAGCAUAACCACUUCUUCUGCACAGACCCCAAAGAACAAAAUAUGCUUUACUUCUAAGUAUUCAAGUGGUUUUUUCAUAUCAGCUGACAUCAAAGAAGAAAAGAAAGUUUUACAUCACCUUUGCUCAGGAAGUGAUGCUUCGAUGACAGCAUCAGGCCACAGGGGAACUUCUGGCAAGGACGCAGAGCUAACAGCCAUAGGACAGGACACACGUGGAAGCCCAGGCAUUCUUAAGGACAUGUCACCAGUACUGCAGGAUACGGAGCAUUCUCAGAGCUCAGCAGAGAGCUCCACUUAUUUUUGCCAUUCCUUUGGCACGUUUUAUUGCCACACUCUCACCACUCACUGUAAAGAAUUCCCAGCACUACCCAACAAUAGCCUGACUUACUACUCUGCAAGUUUAACAGUAUCAAGCACCAAGAGCACCUUCCCAUCACUAAAUGCUGAACCUCGGUUAACAUGGUGCUGUUUAACCAAAAGCCUUCCUCUGCCUGCUGAGCAGAAGGGAAAUGCAGACUCUGCUUAUUCCUCCAUGCACACCUGUGACAAGGAAUCUAGCAAUGAAUGCACACUGUCAACAUAUGAUAUUUCUAUUUUCAAAAUGAAAAAUGUUAACAGGACUGUGGCCUAUGGCUUAACAAACAAGAAUUUAAAAACACUGGUUUCAUCCUUUUCUCAAGGACAACAGACACAGGAGUUAAGCUCGGCAGCUGCUGGUGGUGCUUUCAAAAAUACAUCAGAGCAAAAGAAGAAAACAGCAGUUUGCAAAAAGGAAAAACUUGCAACAAAUAAACUCAAGAGAAGCCACAAACAGAACAAAAUUAAACUCCCCCCAAAAUGGUACAGAGGAAGGCAUGUACAGGGAUAUGCUCAGCUGAAAAUUAAUCGACUAAGCAAGAGGCACUGUUUUCCAAACAGAACGUGGGAUGUUUUGAAAAAGGGCUAUUCAUCACAACCCUGUAAAUUUAGUCAGUAUAAGAAGUGCCAUUCUCUUCAGGCAAAAGUACAAGAAAAUUACCUACACCAGCAAAAAGACUCAUCUUGUUCCACUUCAGACAAGCCGCUUUGCAGUAGGAAGAAAGAAGGAAAGAAUAACUCAGGAAUAUUUUCCUAUACUGAAAAUCUAAACCAUGUUAAGCAAAAAGACAAAGUGGAUAAAAAAGACAUUUCUGGGCAAAUCAGGGAACACACAAGAACAAAUUUCUCUUUUCAGAACAUUAUACCACCUCUGGAAGUAUCUAUGACAACUCAUUCCUUUUCAUCCACAGUUAAUACAGCCAUGCAGCAAGUCAGCAGUGCUGUGGAAAUUCGCUGUUCAGUGACACAGCCACUUGUGCUUCAACAAUCAGUUCCAGGGGAGUCAGAGCCAAAUGUUCAGACUGACUCAAUGGCGUCGUCUUUUUGGUCUUGUCCUUUUGAUUUUACAAAUACAGGCACAGGUGAACAAUCUGAUAGCACAAACUCAGAGACUGCUGGUUCUCUUUCCUUACAUCUAGAGGCAAGCCAGCGAAGUGUAUUAAAUGUAGAAUCAGAGAGUCAAAGAUUUGGUACAUUAGAUCUGGUGAUCCGUGCCUCAGGAAAGGAGAAAUGCCCAGUUGAAGAAAAUACAUAUUCAUCUUCUACGGAAAACUCAGCUCCGAGUUCCCAACCUGGAUGUUCACGUUCAUUAGGAUCAAAAGCAGAGUUUCCUCUUGAGUCAGUCUCUACGGCUAAAUUACCCAGUGUAGAACACAGAGAAUGGGAAAACUUUUCUCAAAAAGUCCUUCACCUUCAUGGAACUGCUGACAAGAAUGGAACCCCCCUGCAGUCAGAGAGCUACGAAAGGACACACAGAACAGCUAUUUCUACUUUUAAAAAGCCCUCGGUAACUCUCAGGUCUCCCGAGUUCAAGAAUUACUCUGCAACACCUGCCAAAAUAUACAAAAAGAGAGGUUUAGAGAUGAUGAGGAAGCAAACCAGAGUUGAAUAUGAUGACACUAGUAGUGAUGAUGAAGAUAGGCUUGUUAUAGAAAUAUAGAUAGGCUGCUAAUAAG